AUGUAUUUCUCUACAUUCGGAAGCAUUGAGUUGUUGGAUAGAUUGUUGAUUGAGGAUAGCGAAGAAAAGCUAAACGAUUUGAAUGAUCGACUGGAAAGGAUUGAAAAACUUCUAUUGAAAAACGUGUCGUCAUCUUCUUCGGCAACAAACGAUGGCAAGAAAGACGACGAGAAAUGUGCUGAAAGCGAAGGUCAACAAGUCGCCACAUCGUCUUCACAACGUCCGCGAUUCAAGCGAAUCUCAUCGCUGCCAGUAGAUGAGACCGUAAAAGUGGUCGUAUCAGGUAAUGAACAGUAUGUGAUUGCUAGACGGGGGACUUCUGUCUCGAUUGAACCACUCGAAAUAGUGCAACAGCGACGCACACCUUUCAAGUUUAGACAUCAGCCUGCAUCCGCUAGUAAACAACAACAUACAUUCUUCGAUGCUGCGGAUAAUGAUCACGAUACCGAAAGUGACAAUAAAUCUGAGGGUGAUGUGUCUGAUCCGCAAUAUCAAUCCUCAGAUAGAACACCAUCGACAAAUUGUGAGCAGAAAAUGGGGUUGUAA